GUAUAAUCGAAUGCUUCUAGAAAUAUUCUAGGCCUACCCACCCUUGCAUAAGACAUACAUAACCGUAGUAUAGUACGGGAAAGGCUGCUUCUAACUCGCGGCGCCGAAAGAUCCAAGUGCCGCCGCCGCCAAUUACAGCCCACGCUACGGAACUUUUUUUGGUACUUAUACCCCAAAUUCUCCAAAAAGAGAGACAAAGGAGUGCAGCAGAGAAAGAAAGAAAAAAAAAAAAAACACAUACAAAAUGUCCCGGCGAGCAAGCUCGGGCGACACGCCGGAGGAGAAGGGCAAUUAUGGCCAAGAAUCCAAAGCCGUGCUGGACACUGCGGUGGUGCCUCAGUCAGACUAUGUGAAUGAUUACGAUGAGGAGGAUUUUUGGACCAGAAAUGGACUCAACGCAAAAUCCUUCCAGAAGAAGCACUAUGGCCUGGGGUUGGUGGAGUUGGACCGAGCGAUGAAGACUCGACACUUACAGAUGAUUGCCAUCGGAGGCUCUAUCGGUGCCGGUUUCUUUGUUGGCUCUGGUGGUGCGCUGGCCAAAGGUGGCCCCGCUUCUGUUCUUAUCUGCUUCCUUGUCGUCGGCUUCAUGGUCUUCAAUGUCGUAUAUGCUCUUGGUGAACUUGCCAUCAUGUAUCCCGUUUCCGGAGGUUUCUACACCUAUGCAACCCGCUUCAUCGACCCCUCAUUCGGUUUCGCCGUCGGUUGGAAUUACUUCUUCCUCUGGUUCAUCGUCUUACCGCUCGAAUUAACAGUCUGCUCCCUCGUUAUACAAUAUUGGAACCAAGACAUCAGUGUUGGCGUAUGGAUUACCAUCUUCUGGGUCGCCAUUAUUCUGAUUAACAUCUUCGGAAGCAUUGGUUAUGCCGAGGAAGAGUUCUGGUCCUCGGUUAUCAAGCUCGCCGCCACUGUCGUCUUCAUGAUCAUCUGCUUCGUGCUUGUCCUUGGCGGUGGUCCUUCGAGCGGCAAAUACAGCGAAUAUGUGGGAGCUCAUUACUGGCACAACCCGGGUGCCUUCCGCAAUGGCUUCCGAGGAUUCUGCUCCGUCUUUGUCACUGCGGCUUUCUCCUUCACCGGCACCGAGCUUGUCGGUCUCGCCGCAGCCGAGAGUCGCAAUCCGGUCAAGUCACUGCCCAGCUCCAUCAAGCAGGUGUUUUGGCGAAUCACGUUGUUCUACGUGCUUGGUCUCUUCUUUGUCGGUCUUUUGAUUCCCUCGGAUGACCCCAGACUCCUCUCUAGUGCCGCUUAUACCGAUGUCAAGGCCUCGCCUUUCGUUCUCGUUGGUCUUUAUGCCGGACUGAAUGGUUUUGACCACUUCAUGAACGCAGUCAUCCUCAUUUCUGUCAUUUCCAUUGGAGUUUCUAGUGUUUACGGCGGUUCACGCACUCUAACUGCCAUGGCGCAGCAGGGAUAUGCCCCCAAGCUCUUUACCUACAUUGAUCGCUCCGGCCGUUGUCUUCCCUCUACUAUCGUCAUGCUUCUUACUGGAGCCCUCGCCUACAUCAACCUGAACGCCUCAGGACCUACUGUUUUCAACUGGCUGCAGGCCCUUUCUGGUCUUGCUGUUCUCUUCGCUUGGGCUGCCAUCUGCCUGGCUCAUAUUCGUUUCCGCGCGGCAUGGAAACAUCACGGACACUCUCUUGAUGAAAUCCCAUUCAAAGCCAUUUUUGGCGUCACCGGUUCUUGGAUCGGACUGUUCAUCUGCUUUAUCGUCUUCGCUGCUCAGUUCUUCACUGCUAUUGCACCCCCUGGACAGCACGCUCUUAAUGACGUCGAGGGCUUCUUCCAGUCAUACCUUGCUUUUCCCAUCGUCAUUGCCUUCUGGGUAGCUGGAUAUAUCUGGAAGCGCACUGGUUGGCUGAAGCUUGACCAGAUCGAUGUUGAUACUGGCCGCCGUGACCUGAACUGGGAUGAGAUCCGCGCGUAUCGCGAGCAUAUCGCUACCUUGCCUUCGUGGAAACGCCUCUAUUAUCAUCUAUUCCAGUAAUGGAUGCCGUAAUAGCUGCCUCAGGAAAAAGUGGCUGUAACAUGCUUCUCAGUUUCAAGUUUGAUUAGAAUAAAUUAAUCUAUGUACAUAUAAUUUAAUAAUUGCAAUAACAAGAGCUCUAAAGCCUG